CUUAACUAUGAGAAUUAACCCACGAGUCAAAAAAAAGAAAUUAAGCAGCUAAACGGUCGUUAACUACUGAACAAAAAUAUAUUGUGGCUCUUCGCCAAAACCAAAAGAAAAAAAAAAAUUCUGACUUAAUUUGGAAGCGUGUGUGUUGAUUGAUAGCGUUAAUUAUAUGUGUUAUAUAAAUAUCACCCAAAUUUUUCAACAAAUCUAAAUUUGAAAAUGAGGAAGACGAAAUUUUUUUUACAAUCUUUCUUCUUCUUUCUUCUUUCUUCUUCUUCUUACUUUGUCAAUCGAUCCAUUAACUUAACUUCCCUAGUUUAAGUCAUCUCUGAUUAACAUAUAUCCAGUUCUUCCCUAUAAUGACUGCUGCCAAAGAAACUUUUUUUUUCACUUCUGAAUCCGUCGGUGAAGGUCACCCUGAUAAGAUUUGUGAUCAAGUGUCUGAUGCUAUUUUAGAUGCUUGUUUAGCUGUCGAUCCUUUAUCUAAAGUUGCUUGUGAAACCGCUGCUAAAACUGGUAUGAUUAUGGUUUUCGGUGAAAUCACUACCAAAGCUCAAGUUGAUUUCCAAAAAGUUAUUAGAGAUACUAUUAAACAUAUUGGUUAUGAUGAUAGUGAAAAGGGGUUUGAUUAUAAAACUUGUAAUGUUUUAGUUGCUAUUGAACAACAAUCUCCUGAUAUUGCUCAAGGUUUACAUUAUGAAAAAGCUUUAGAAGAAUUAGGUGCUGGUGAUCAAGGUAUUAUGUUUGGUUAUGCUACUGAUGAAACUGAUGAAAAAUUACCUUUAACUAUUUUAUUAGCUCAUAAAUUAAAUGCUGCUUUAGCUUCUGCUAGAAGAUCUGGUGCUUUACCUUGGUUAAGACCUGAUACUAAAACUCAAGUUACCAUUGAAUAUGAGAAAGAUGGUGGUGCUGUGGUUCCAAAAAGAGUUGAUACCGUUGUUAUCUCUACUCAACAUGCUGAUUAUAUUUCAACUGAAGAUUUAAGAGAAGAAAUUAUUAAACAUAUUGUUAAACAUGUUAUUCCAGAACAUUUAUUAGAUGAAAGAACCGUUUAUCACAUUCAACCAUCUGGUAGAUUUGUUAUUGGUGGUCCUCAAGGUGAUGCUGGUGUUACCGGUAGAAAAAUCAUUGUUGAUACUUAUGGUGGUUGGGGUGCUCAUGGUGGUGGUGCUUUCUCUGGUAAAGAUUUCUCUAAAGUUGAUAGAUCUGCUGCUUAUGCUGCUAGAUGGGUUGCUAAAUCUUUAGUUAAUGCUGGUUUAGCUAGAAGAGCUUUAGUUCAAUUCUCUUAUGCUAUUGGUGUUGCUGAACCUUUAAGUAUUUAUGUUGAUACUUAUGGUACUUCCAGUUAUACUUCUGAUGAAUUAGUUGCUAUCAUCAAAAAGAAUUUCGAUUUAAGACCUGGUGUUAUUGUUAAAGAAUUAGACUUGGCUAGACCAAUCUAUUUAAAGACUGCUUCUUAUGGUCAUUUCACCAAUCAAGAAAACACUUGGGAACAACCAAAAAAAUUAAAAUUUUAAGUUAAACCUAUGACUUGAAAGUUUUGAUUUAAUAGGUUGAGUUUUCAAUUUUAAACUCCCUAUCUCCUCCUUUCCUCCCUCCCUUCCCUUUUUUUAUUAUCACUAUUAUUAUUAUUGUUUUGUUAAAGCUUUCCAAUCCCUUGGUUUGAGAAAGAUAAGAAAAAAUUAUAAUACUUAAUGACUAAUGUAAUGAAAUGACUCACAUGAAUUAUAAUAUUCACAAUCUAAAGAUUCAAUGCUCAACUCGUUGUUUCUUAAAAAUUAAUACAACUCACUUUUUUUUUAUUACUAUUUGCUAGAUCAUUUUUUGGCUUCCAACUUACUUUUCUUUCUUCUUUUUUUCUAUUAUUAAUUACUACUACAUUUUGUACUUUUUCAAAAUCAUCAUCAUCACAACACACACAACUUAUUUAUCGUUUUGAUAAAGGAUAGAGUUUUUUUAUUGC